AUGCUGGCCACGGCUGUCCUCGGCGGCGCGGGAUGGACGUAUUUGGGCGAGGAUGCGUGGUCUCGGGCGUCGUUUGUCCAGGCGGCCGCGGUGCUGCUGCUGGCGCAGGUGUUUGUGUAUCACGGCAUCUGGUCGUUGUUUGUGUAUCCCUUUUGGUUCUCGCCGCUGCGGCAUCUGCCCACGGCGUCCGGCGGCCACUGGCUGUUGGGCCACGGGAAGAAGAUCUUGGCCGCUAAGCCUGCUGUGUUGUUCAGAGAGUGGGCUUUGAAUAUCCCCAACGAUGGGCUCAUUCGCUACUACUGGCUCCUCAACCGCGAGCGUCUACUCAUCACCUCUCCGAAGGCCCUGGCCGAGGUACUCGUAACAAACAAUUACGCUUUCCAGAAACCCGAGAAUGUCAGAUCCAUGCUCGGCCGUGUUCUGGGCUAUGGCGUGCUGUUGGCCGAGGGAGACGAGCACAAGCGCCAGCGUCGCAACUUGAUGCCGGCCUUUGCGUUCCGACACAUCAAGGAUCUGUAUCCCGUCUUCUGGGACAAGGCGCGGGAGGUGGUCCAGGCCAUGACGACUGAAUGCGGCAAGCUCGGAGAGGCAGAGUUCGAGGCCGGCGAGUGGGCGUCCAGAGUCACCCUCGACAUCAUUGGCGUCGCCGGCCUCGGCAGAGACUUUCACGCGAUCCAGGAUGACAACAGCGACAUUGUCCAGACGUACAAGUUUCUGUUCAAGCCUAGGCCGCCGGCCAAGUUCCUGGUGUUCCUGGCAACUCUGGUGCCCACAUGGCUGCUUCAACGACUACCUCUGGAGCGAAACAGGGCUAUCGAUGGGGCGGCCCAAAAGAUCAAGUCCGUGUGCCGGGAUCUCAUCCGAGAGAAGAGAGAAAAGAUGAUGGCUCACAAGGGGCGCACGGAUGUGGACAUUCUCUCCGUGGCGAUUGAGAGCGGCCAGUUCACCGACGAAAACCUGGUUGAUCAGCUCAUGACGUUCCUGGCCGCCGGCCAUGAGACGACGUCGACGGCGCUGACGUGGGCCAUCUAUGAGCUCAGCCGCUCGCCCGAGAUGCAGACGCGGCUGCGCAACGAGAUUCGGGAGAAGCUGCCUUCUACGGACGAUGCCGAGGCCAAGAUUACGAGCCUGGACAUUGAUCACAUGCCGUACCUCAACGCGGUGUGCAACGAGUCGCUACGAUUCUUCAGCCCUGUUCCUAUGACCAUUCGCGAGGCUGCUCACGAUACCACCAUCCAGGGGGUGCCCGUCAAGAAGGGCACUCGGCUCACCAUCUCGCCCUAUGCCGUCAACGCGGACCCGAAACUCUGGGGCUCGGAUGCUUCUCAGUUCAACCCGGACCGGUGGAUUUCUGCGGAGGGAGUUUCUGACGAGAGCAACAAGAGAGCUGCGAGCGGCGGUGCUGAGAGUAACUAUGCGUUCCUGUCGUUCCUACAUGGGCCGCGUAGUUGUAUCGGCAUGGGGUUUGCCAAGGGGGAGUUUGCGUGUCUCUUGGCGGCUUGGAUUGGCAGGUUUGAAUUUGAGCUGGUGAAUAAAGAGGAGAUGGACUUGGACAAGAUUGAUAUCAGGGGCGGAGUGACGGCGAAGCCGGCGAAUGGAUUGUAUGUGAAGGCUAAGGUGGUGCCUGGAUACUAA